CACAAUUUUCCUGAGACUCAGAUAUCACAUGCAUUCUCUGGGAGCCUGCUGGAGUGUUCUAAACCCUAAGAAGGUGCAGUAUGACUUGGGAGCCUGUCGCAGUCGCUUCACCUCUGCGAACUCCAACAGCCCAGGUCCCACGGUGUAAUUUCCUGAUUCAAUUCUAUGCUCCUGUUCUGAGUAAUGGUCCAGCAGGCAGGAUGCUUGGGACAGCACAGCCAACACGAAACUCUGCUGGAACACUGAGCAGGCUGGAGAGUCAGAGUUGCAGAUUAUCAGGACGCAAGCUACAGAUAAAAAUAUUUAUAUAUCUAAAUAUGAGCUGCUCCCUUGUCCAAUGUUCAAGCUUCCAUAAAACCAGAAAAACACACCUGAAAAGCGUUUGCCUGCAAUAUCAGCUGUGUCUUCUUCUGAACUGCCAUUUCUUUGGCCUUUUAAAGAAUGAGAUGGGACUAAUCAUCUUCUUCCUAUGUGCUUCUGUACCAAAGACAGCAGCAGGUCAGUGCAAGUGGGCAGAAGUUCUGAAAGAUUUGGAGCAGAUCAAGACAUCCAAAGACAUUGAUGUCAGUUUAUAUACUGCAAACACAGAUGAGGAUAAAGAAUGCCAAGAACCUGUAAUGAGAUGCUUUUUCCUAGAGACAAAUGUGAUUCUUCAAGAAUGUCUUAUCAAAAAUUGUAGUAAAACACAGGAUGUAUUAAACAUAUGGAAAAAUGGAAACAUAAGCUUUGAAAAAAACAAGCUGAAUUCUACAACAUCAGCAAAGUGCAAAGAAUGUGAAGAGUAUGAAGAAAAAAAUUUUACAGAAUUUAUACAGAGUUUUGUAAAGGUUAUACAGAAGGAAUGCAAACAUUGACCAAAAGACACAAGUUGGGAACCAAGAUCUUCCAUGAAUAUCCUCAGAGAAAUGAUGUUGUCACCAACAAUAAACUGAAAAGAGCAACAUUUACAGUCCUACUUACAUACCAUAACAUGUAAAAAAUAAUAAAAUCCUUGUAGUUCACAGAGUAUUCAUAAAUAAGUACAUAAAAAUGAUAUUAGUUAUGAAAUAUAAAUGAAAGGAAUUUAACAGGGUUUAAAGCUUC